AUGAAGAAUUCAAAAUCGGCGGAUUUUGUUACAACUGAAAAGGUAAGAAAUCAUGUACCUAAUGAUCUUGCAAUUUCGAUUAUAUCGAAGUUGCCUCUAAAAUCUUUGGCGCGAUUUAGGUGUAUAAGGAAAUCGUGGUCUCUCUUAUUUGAAAACCCUCAUUUUAUGAACAUGUAUCGCAGCAAUUUUGCAUCUAAUAAUAAUUUUUCUUAUGAUGAUGAUUCAUGUCUCACCUUAGAGUUAAAAUUGUCAUGUUAUGGAUUUCAUGGUACCUUAUUUUCGCGUUAUGGUGAGAGAUUUGAGAAAAAGGUCAAAUUAGACUGGCCACCUUUAUUUCAAGAGGAUAAUAGAUGUAUUAACAUUAUGAGUUCUCUUGUUGAUGAAAUGCUUUGUCUCUACACUGGUAUUCUAGUUCCAAAAACUGCAUUUUGGAAUCUAUCUACUAAGGAAUUCAAAGUUCUUCCUCCUAGUCCGGUUGAGUCUCAACCAUCUCAUUACAAAUUUGUCUUCUCAUUUAUGGGAUUUGGUUAUGACCGUGUUAAAGAUGAUCAUAAAGUGAUUCGGAAUGCAACAGAAUGGAUUCAAUGCACCCUUGAAGAUACUGAAUCAAAGGAAUCCAUAUGGGAACUAUAUAGCUUAAGAAAUAACUCUUGGAGGAAACUUGAUGUAGAUAUUCCUCUUGGUUCUAUUACUUUGGGUGCUACAGUGCACACAAAUGGAGUGUGUCAUUGGUGGGAUAGAGAUGAAGAUUGUUUGGUCUCGUUUGACUUGAGUAGUGAGGUGUUCUUCAAAACACCUUUACCAAUGCAUGUGGAUGAUAAUUUAUAUCGUGAAUCUAAGGAUAAACGAUUUAUGGCAUUAAAUGGCUCCAUUGCUUUUAUUACAACAUAUGAUGUAAAUUAUGGGAUUAUAACAUCUACAAUUCACAUAUCAAUUUUGGGUGAAUAUGGUGUGAAGGAAUCAUGGACUAAACUCUUCAUAGUUAAUUCAUUACCUAGUUAUGUUGAUCUUCCUAUUGGAGCGGGAAACAAAGGAGAUAUAUUCUUUAAAACAAAAUGCAAAGAACUAGUUCGGUUUGAUUUAAACACCAAGAAGACAGAGAAACUUCCUAUUGAUGAUCUUUUACAUACUUUUCAGAUACUCCUUUAUAAGAAAAUCUUUCUUUUUAUCUAG